AUGUCAACAAACUUAGAUUGGCGAACGGCUGAGGUAUACGCAGGAGAUGGUGCAUAUAUUUUAGAUCGCCCAAAUGUUAUAAUUGAAAUUUCUAUUGAGUCGACUUUAUUUUUUUCGAAGCCACUUGCAAAUGUAUCCUCUAUAUCGCAGACUUCAAACGAACAGGAAAUAUUCUUUACAAAUGGCCAUAUAUUUCGAAUUGAUUCAUGCCAACACGCUGACAAGAAUACAUGGCUCAUUCGAUUAACUUUAUGUGAUAAUUCCUAUCCCAUUGUACAAAACUCGUCUGAUUAUUUUGAUAUUGCCAUAUUACGAUUAUUAGAAAUUCUACCAAAGAUUUCCCCAAAAACAAACAAGGCGAAUGAUUGCAUAUUUCAACGCUGGCGCAAUUAUUGUGUCGAUAAUCCAGCUGAACAGGCGAAAAUUGAUCAGUUUGAAGAGAGUUAUCGUUCCGACUCAGCUAUUCGUUGGUAUACUAAAGACUCUCUUCUCUAUCGUUUACUAAAUGAAGCCCUUCGACAUGAAAAUAUUGAUAUGAUUAUUGAUUUCCGUUAUUUUAUUGUUGAUUUAUAUGAAGAAUUAACAAAAUCAUAUCUAGAUUAUGUGAGAAGUUUCAAAGAACCAAAUUUGACCGUUUAUAGGGGUCAAAAGAUCAGUUUACGUGAGUUACGAAGGUUAAAACAUCAUAUUGGAAAUUAUAUUUCUAUCACACCAUUGUUUUCUGCAUCAUUAUCAAGUCAAGUUGCUCUAUAUUUUGCUGAACUGAAUGAAAUUGAUCGAAAACAACUCCUUCAAUCAGUACUAUUUCAAAUCGAUAUUGAUAUGACUAAGUUAACAAAAUCCUAUAAAAAUCAUCUAUUUGCCAAUAUUAUAAAUAUGAGUCAUUUUGUUGAUGAAGACGAAAUACUUUUCAUGGUAAAUACACAAUUUCGAAUUCAUUCGGUCACGAAUUGGGAUGAUCAAUUUUGGCUUGUACGUUUGACUCUUUUGAGUCAAGACGAUGAAAAUAGCGAGGAAAUGAAACUAAUGAAUCGUUAUCUUGAUUAUUUAAUCAAUAUGGCUAUACAAGCUUAUGGGGACAAUAUAUGGUCUUUGUUCAGAAAUCAUAAUCAAACAUAA